AUGCCGUCAACUCCAUCACGUAAAUUUAUUUACACAAAUCCCGGAAAAAGUCCAGAGCCCAAGAGACCAGCGAGACAUCCGUCGUUAUCAUCGACACGAUCGCGCUCGCUGGAACUUCUGGAUCAGCCGGAAAAAAUAAUUAAGAGACUGACAGAUAAAUCAGAGCCUUCAGCGAGACCGCGGUCACGUAGUCUCGAUGAUUUUCUUGAUGACAAUCAAUCACCUGUACCAGUACCGGAAUCUCUGCAAGAACCAAGUGACGAAAAAGCUAAAGUUGAACCGAGUCCAGUUACUCCUACGUUACCAGUGCCGCGGCCAAGGACUAAGUCAAUUAAACUCGAAGUUAAUAAAUUAAGUAAUAAAUUUGAUUAUCCAACAAGACAACUGUCUUUGGAUUGUGAAAUAACUAAAAGUAAAGUAACUGAUUGCUGUGAUAUAAAAGGACACGGUGAUAAAGACAUUGAUAUUAAAAAUAAUAAUAAUAAUAGUAAUAAUGAUAAGUGUACUCUAGCUAAAUCUAAAAGCUGUGGAGCGGGAUUAGAUGAAAGUGAAUCGAUAUCUUCAAAUGAAUUUAAAGAUAACGUUGUCCAGGGGUCACUCCAAUCACUCCAAAGUGAUUUGGAUAAACGUAAAAAUAAUUUUAUGAACAAAUGCGUUAGCAAAAUGAGGUCGCUCAUUAAAAAAGAAAAAUGA